AUGAAGUUCAUGAAGGUUGGCCGUGUGGCCAUUAUCACCAGAGGCCGAUAUGCCGGAAAGAAGGUCGUGAUCAUCCAACCAUACGAUGCCGGUUCGAAGGCCCACCCCUUCCCCUACGCCCUCGUCGCCGGUAUUGAGCGAUACCCUUCCAAAGUCACCAAGCGAAUGGGUACCAAGACGGUCGCCAAGCGCAGCAAGGUCAAGCCUUUCAUCAAGACCGUCAACUACAACCACCUGAUGCCCACCCGCUACACACUCGAAUUGGAGGGAUUGAAGGGUGCCGUCACAAACGAUACAUUCAAGGAAGUGUCACAGCGAGAAGAGGCUAAGAAGACAGUGAAGAAGGCUUUGGAGGAUCGCUACACGAGUGGCAAGAACAGAUGGUUCUUCACUCCUUUGCGCAAUGACAUGAUGAGCCGAAUAUCCAUUCUCCCUAAUUCAAACGUCUUAGUUGGGUUGGAUAUCUAUCCGGGAAACCGAUUGUUGAUCCCUAUGGUUCCUGUCAUGCUCCGAAGGAAGAUAAAUCUACAUGAAUAUCUAUCUUAG